GAAUUUCUUAGCCACGACGUGUACGAUCUUUUGAGGAUUAUGCCAUAUUACCGUCUUAAAGAUCUUAUAAAGGCCAUACGUGCCUGCAAGACUGCUGCCGAUGAAAGAGCGGUCAUCCAGAAAGAAUCGGCUGCCAUUCGUACCAGUUUUAAAGAAGAAAAUAAUGACGCUCGUCAUUCAAAUGUAGCCAAAUUACUUUAUAUACAUAUGCUUGGCUAUCCAGCUCACUUUGGCCAAAUCGAAUGUUUAAAAUUAGUAGCGUCGAAUCGAUUUGCGGAUAAAAGGCUAGGCUAUUUAGGAAUCAUGCUUUUAUUGGACGAAAACCAAGAAGUGCUGACAUUAGUCACGAAUUCUUUGAAAAACGAUAUGAACCAUUCCAAUAUGUAUAUUGUUGGUUUAGCAUUAUGCACUUUAGGAAAUAUAUCAUCUCCCGAAAUGGCGCGUGAUUUAUGUGCAGAAGUUGAAAAAUUACUAGGUAGCACCAACACAUAUAUCCGAAAGAAGGCUGCAUUGUGUGCGAUGCGAAUCAUUCGUAAAGUUUCUGAUCUACAAGAAAAUUUUUUGAAUAGGGCAAAAAAUAAUUUGAAUGAUAGAAAUCAUGGCGUACUGUUAACAGCGAUUACUCUUAUCAUUGAGAUGUGCUAUAAAAAUCCAGAAACUACGGUUCCGUUAUUGGUUAGACAUUUGAAAACAUUGGUUUCAGCUGGAUUUUCACAAGAGCACGAUGUAACAGGUGUCACAGAUCCGUUUUUGCAGGUUAAAAUAUUGAGGCUCUUACGAAUUUUAGGUAAAGGUGAUGCUGAAGCAAGUGAAGCAAUGAAUGAUAUUCUUGCUCAGGUUGCUACAAAUACUGAAUCAUCAAAAAAUGUUGGUAAUUCGAUAUUGUAUGAAACUGUACAAACUAUUAUGGAAAUCCAAUCUGAAAGUGGCCUUCGUGUUUUAGCCAUUAAUAUUCUUGGCAAAUUUUUAACAAACAGAGAUAAUAAUAUUAGAUAUGUCGCAUUGACCACACUUAAUAAGACGGUAGCGAUAGACACAAAUGCAGUUCAACGUCAUAGAAAUAUCAUCCUUGACUGUUUGCGAGAUGGUGAUAUCUCUAUACGACGUCGAGCAUUGGAGCUUUCAUUUGCAUUAAUUAACGAGUCAAAUGUUAGAGUGUUAACACGCGAGUUAUUGGCCUUUUUGGAAGUUGCCGAUAAUGAAUUUAAACAGGGAAUGACAACAAAAAUUUGCUUGGCUGCUGAUAGAUUCGCUCCUAAUAAACGAUGGCACAUUGAUACAGUGUUACGUGUUUUGAAACUGGCAGGAAACUAUGUUCGUGAAGAAAUUUUAUCAAAUUUUAUUCGUCUGAUUGCCCAGACGGCCGAUUUAAAUGCAUAUACGGCCCAAAAAUUAUAUGCAUCGUUAAAAUCUGACAUUUCACAGGAAUCAUUAACUUUAGCUGGUGUAUGGGUAAUUGGAGAAUAUGGUGAUAUAUUGAUAAAAGGCGGCAACUUUGAAGAGGAAGAACUUGUCAAGGAGGUUACCGAAUCAGAUGUUAUUGAUCUUCUGGAGUCAAUUCUUGCCGGACCUUAUGCUAACCAAGUAACUCGGGAAUAUGUUCUUACUGCACUUAUGAAAUUGACUUCACGAUUCACGUCAAUAUCGUCCAUUCAACGUAUUCAAGCUUAUAUUGAAAAAUAUAAUACUAGUAUUGAAGUAGAGAUUCAACAACGUGCUGUUGAAUAUGGCAACCUGUUUAAAUUUGAAUCGAUCCGGCCGGCAGUUUUGGAAAGAAUGCCGAUUCCUGAAGUCAAAGAAGAAGUUGUUCGUCCAACCGAAGAUACGGGUUCACUUUUAGAUGAUAUCGGUGCUAGUAGUUCAAAUGGUGGCAUAGAUACACUUGUAGAUUUUGGUGGAAACAAUCCAGUUCAAUCUAAACAACAUGCUCCUGAAAACAAUCAAUCCACUGUAGACAUUCUGGCUGACAUAUUCGGUAGUGGUUCUACAACAACAACAACCACUACUCCUCCAGUGACACCUGCAGGUAUAAGACAUGCUCCUGAAAACAAUAAACCCAACGUAGACAUUCUGGCUGACAUAUUCGGUAGUGACCAAUACGUAGCAUAUAACAAGAAUGGAUUCAAAAUUACUUUAAAUCCUUCUAAAGACCCAACCAAUUCUAAUAUUCUUAACAUUGAAGUUACUUUUCAUAACAUCGGUGUAGGUGUAACUAUACAAAACCUUUUAUUCCAGGCGGCUGUUCCAAAGACUCAGAAACUACAAAUGCAACCACCUUCAUCGACUUCUAUUUUACCCGGUGCUACAACACAACAAAUAAUUCGUGUUGCUAAUCCUCAAAAGUCGAACGUUAGGUUACGACUUAGGAUAGUAUAUUCUACUCCUACGGGAGCUAAAGUAGAUGAAAUUGCCGAAUUUAAUGGAUUUCCACAAGAAUUUUGUAUACAACACAUUCAACUUGCUGUGAUAUCUUUAUCAAAUUUGUAA